AUGGCGUCGAAUUUGAAGAUUGCGCUGGUUCAGCUGUACUCCAAGCCGCUCGACGUAGCUGGCAACUUUGCUCGUGCAGAGUCAUACAUCCGCAAAGCCGCCUCCCAGGGCGCGAACCUGGUCGUUCUUCCCGAAUACCAUCUCUCCUCAUGGAAGCCCGACACCAAAAUCCUCCUCGCCGCGGCCAAGGAGCAGGUGCCAUACCUUGCAAAAUAUCAGGCCAUUGCUAAGGAGCUCGGCAUUGCCAUUGCGCCGGGUACGAUCCUCGAGCCCAUCCCUGCGGCGGAAGGCGAAGGAAUUGCGAAUGCGGCAUACUUCAUCGGUCCAGACGGCGCAGUGCUGGGUCGUUACCAGAAGAAGAACUUGUGGCACCCCGAGAGAGAGCACCUGACUGCCGAUGGAUUGACACCGCACAGGGCAUUUGAUACUCCGUGGGGUCGUGUCGGGCUUAUCAUCUGCUGGGACUUGGCCUUCCCUGAGGCGUGCCGUGCGCUGGUUGCCGACGGAGCCAAGUUUGUUGUGUGCCCUACCUUUUGGCUCAACAGCGACGGAGGCGAUAUCGGUGCUGAGGUCAACCCGGAAUGCGAGCGGCUGUUCCUGGAGAACGUGGCUGUGGCCCGAGCAUUUGAGAACACGUGCGGCUUUGUGUUCUGCAACACAGGCGCACCUUUGGGAAAGUUCAUUGGGCUGACGCAAGUGGCGAUGCCGCUGCAGGGAGCUUUGGGCAAGCUGGGCGUUGAGGAAGCGAUGACUGUGGUCGACGUCGACAUGAAGGUCCUGGACAUUGCAGAGGAGGUGUACAAGGUUAGGGCUGAUAUCGCUCUCGAGGGAUGGCAUUACGGGCACACUCUGCAGCGUAGAGAGUGA